CAGGCUCUCAAACACGCCAAGAAGAAAAAAAUGGCGGCUGUUGAAUCGUUAUCUUUGGCAAAUCAUCUAGGAGAAAAUCAGCAAAACGGCGAGGUGAUGGAUUUGGGUGAAGAGAAACCAGCAGAACCCGCCUCGGUAGAGAUCAAUAGCAACACAGAAGGAGGACAGAGAAAGAGGAGGAAACGGGGAUUUGAUGUUGGCCCAGUUGAUGUUAGAGCCUGCAUGUGUGCCUGUCCGCACAUGCGCUUGCUCAGUACAUGGCAGAAGGAGAGAUAUGGAGAUGGAGGAACAGACCCCGGAUGAUGGAACCAAGGGGACGCUACUCAUCGGACCAGCCGCCGGGGGUAUACAGCCGCGUGCCACAGAAAGCAAAAGAGCUCUUCCUUCCUUGACAAUUAUUCAAGAAGAGCUGCUCAAACGAGCCAAGCGAUACGCCAUGGAGCAGUCUGUACAACAGGUUCUAGCAAAGCAACAGGCCCUCCAAGCUCAACAAAUGAAUGCCUUGCAGACAGCAGCACAAAAACAGAGAGCACUGGCUCUUAUGUGCAGAGUGUACGUUGGAAGUAUAAAUUUUGAACUGAGAGAAGAGCAUAUCAGAACAGCCUUCCAUCCAUUUGGUCCAAUUAAUAAGAUUGAUCUUUCUUGGGACCCUCUCAAUAUGAAACACAAGGGUUUUGCUUUUGUGGAAUAUGACCUUCCUGAGGCUGCCCAACUUGCUUUGGAGCAGAUGAAUGGUGUUCUGCUUGGAGGAAGAAAUAUCAAGGUUGGUCGGCCGAGCAAUGUGCCUCAAGCGGCUCCACUUAUAGAGCAGUUUGAGCAAGAAGCCAAGAAAUAUGCUAGGAUUUACAUUGCCUCUGUUCACCCAGACUUGCUAGAGGAUGACAUCAAAAGUGUUUUUGAAGCAUUUGGCAAAGUGGUUCACUGCUCGCUAUCAAAGGAACCCAUGACAGGAAAGCACAAGGGAUAUGGCUUUAUUGAAUACGAGAACCAGCAGUCUGCAAAUGAUGCCAUAGCUUCCAUGAAUCUGUUCGACUUGGGUGGACAGUUCUUGCGGGUUGGUAGAGCUAUCACCCCACCCACUUCCUCUGCAAUGGCAGCCAUCAACACCACACCACCAGGAACUCUCCCUGCUGCGGCAGCUAUAGCAGCAGCUGCAGUGUCUGCCAAGAUUCAGGCAGAGGAGAGAGGCAUUCCUCCAGAACUUGCACCAAUUACGAUCCCUGCAGUUACCACAGUCAUAACAUCAAUGUUGCCUGGAUCCGCUGGCUUGGUAGCUUUCCCUACUGUUGCUGUCACCUCCCUAGCGGCCGGGGUUAUGCCCCAGCCUCUCAUAACAGGCAGUCCAGGCUUAAUACCAGUAGCUCCUGCUACACCAAUUGUCACUCCCAUCGCUACCCCAGUCGUCACCACAGCAGCUCUACCAGUAACAACCACAGCUGCCAUGAUACAACAACAGCAACUUCAGCAACAGCAACUUCAGCAACAACAGCUUCUACAGCAACAAGAACUGCUACAGCAGCAACAACAACAGCAACAAGAACAACAAAGCCAGCGACAGGCCUCUGAAAUUGCUCAGCAGCAAGCUGAGAUUAAGGCAAAGAUCGACGAAGAAACUCAACGCAAAAUGGCUGAGGGAGGUAGCAUCAGUCAUGAGGAAAAUAUGUCUAUUUCCGGAAGCAAUGCCAGAUAUAUGGUGAUGCAAAAGCUAUCUCGAAAAAGCGAGUCCAAGGUGAUGGUGUUGCGUAAUAUGGUGGGCGUGGGAGACCUGGAUGAAGACCUUGAGCAUGAGGUUACUGAUGAGUGCAGCAAGUUUGGUACAGUCAGUCGAGUGGUCAUCUACAAGGAGAAGCAGGGGGAGGAGGAAGAUGCGGAGGUCAUAGUCAAGAUCUUUGUCGAGUUCACUUCACCUGAUGAAACCGACAAAGCCACAAGUAACUUAGAUGGUCGAUGGUUUGGCGGGCGAGCAGUCAAGGCCGAGGCUUACAAUGAAGACAAGUUCCUGUCUGCAGACUUAUCAGGCUAGCAUUUACCUAGUCAAAUCUGCUGAAUCACUUGAAGAAACCGGAUCUAUUUGAAACAUAGCCACGACAUUGUGCAUCAGAGGGCCAGAUAGACAUGCGUUAGCAGUUGUGAACACAAACACGACGAGUGCAUCAUGGGUUCACACAAAUGACAGUAGGCUCGAUUUCCAUCCGAAAAUUGAUGUAAACCUCAGCUUAAGUCGAGCCUAAUAUUGCAGUCUAUUUUAACUAUUAGACAUGUCAGUACAAACCAUUCUUGUUCAAUCUUUUAGCAUGUACAGUGCUUUUCUAAUGCAAGGAGGGUAUUUCGAGCAGAGUCUAGUUACUUCAUUAGUUAUAAUGUAAAAUUUGUCAAUGCGAAUAAAAGGGUACCCGAUG